AUGAAUUUGGUUAUAGUCGAUAAUAAUAAUAAUAAUAAUAAUAAUAUGUGUUCACGUCUUGACAACUCUAUCACACCCCACAGAGAGUACUUUGAUUCCGGUGAUUUUGAACAACUUCAUAUAAUGGAAGAGGGUGGUCCCGAUUUGGUGUUCGUCAUGUUUAAAGCCCAUCGCAACAACAGAACUCAUAGAUUGAUUCAAUUUUCAUCAUGGUAUGUGAGGAUACGUAACGAUGUCGAAACCACGUUAAAUGUUAAAAAAGUGAGAAAAUCUGUUGAAAUCGAAUCAUUAGUCAGUUCAUGA